AUGACUACAUUUGAAGAACCCAUCAUUUAAAUUAUAGUAGAUGAAAUUGCUGAAGAAUAAGGUGAUUAAAAAAAUAGAAAAGAAAUUGAUGAAAAUAAAAAGAACAAGAAAUAAUUAAAAUCGGAUAAGACUUAAAAAGGAUUUAGAUCUAAUUUUGAUGGAAAAUAAUAAUUCGGAGAUAAAUCCAUAUGUAGAUUAUGUUAAUAAACAACUUUAUAAUAACUUUAUAAUAUAUGCAAUAGGUGUCAUUUUAGAUAUCAUCAAGAGUGUGCAAAUUAAAAUUAAUAUGGAUCUUAUAACAAAGAAACUUAAAAAUGGAUAUGCAAAAAAUGUAUUAAUAGAUUAGAGAUAUUAAACAAAAAAAAUAAAGAUAAAAAAAGAAAGAAAAGAAAAAUACAAAUAUAAAUAUAGAGUACAGAAUAAAGUGAUAAUGAAAAUAAAGUUUCUCUAACUGAUUUUUUGUAGAGAUUUCCAACAUACAAAAAUCAAGGAUAAAUUUUGUUUCCUAUUCUUGAUGAAUAUUUAAUAGCAUAUUAAGACCUUUUUCAAGUAGAAUCAAAAAAGAAACCUUAAAUAAAAGAAGACUAAGAUAUUCCCAACUAAUAUUUCUAAUAAGUCUUAAUCAUUUGGGAUGCAUAUAAUAAUUAUGACAAAAUUGUUAGUGAUAUAUUAAAUGUUGAAGAGAGCAAUUAAGAUAAUGUAUUUAUUUGAAUAUUAGUUUAGUAAUCUCAAAUAGGAACAUUUAUUCAUUUCAAAGAUCAUCAUUAGUUAUAUUCAUAGAAAUCAAGAAAAUAAAUUUAUCAGAUGUUAGAUACUGAACCUCUUAAGUUAGUUGAAUUUUUUAGUUGGUUUUAUGCAAAAUAGUUAAUUGAAGAUGUAGACUUUGAGUAAAUUUAGAAAGCAUAAGAAGUAAUAAUUAAUUUUUAUUUAGAAUGCUUUUUGGUAUUUAAUGGGGUUUUUAUGGUAUAAUAAUAGAUAGCAAUAUUAUGAAAUAUAUAAAGAAUCAUUACAAUAUAUAGCACAUUAUUUAUAUCAGUAAGGAAUAUUAAGUUUGAAAGAGGAAGAUUUGAAAUUGCUGGAUAAAAAUAAUAAAGACUAUUUUCUUAAUCUAAUUCUCAUUUUAAUAGAUGGAUUGGCUGAUUUAAAAAAAACUUAAAAUUUAAUUUAAUAUAGAGUCGAAAUUCUUAUAUCAAAUAAUAAAAUAAAAGAAUAGCUAGCAGCUUAAGUAAAAGAACUAAGAUCUUAAACUGUAGUAUUAUAGCAAAAUAUAGAUUAAUUUGGAUUGGAACAAUAAUAGCUCAAAGUAGAAAUUUAAUUUAAUAUUUUUAUAGCAAAACUUAACAUCUGGAGAUUUGAAUAAAACAGAUUUUAUAAAUAUAUAAUAAUAGAUAGAAGUUACCAAUAAUAAAAUAAAAGAAAAAGAAUUAGCGAAAUCUAAUUUCACAAAGAAACUUAUAUCAGUAUAAGAAAGAUAUAUUUAACUUGAAGAAGUAAUUAUAUUAUAAUAAUAUUUCAGGAAUUACAUUUAGUAUAAAUACCCAACUUAUUAAUAAAUCCUUCUAUGUUUUUGGGAUUUGAUUUGAAAAAUUCAUUAUAUUAUUUCUUUCUUAAUGAAAGGGAUAAAAUAUUUGUUUAAUGGAAAAAUUCUUGGAUUGAUUCAAAUAUGAAAUGGGGGUAAAUUUAAUUAUUAAAUAUAGUUUUUAUAAUUUUGAUGAUGUUGAAAUACUUUUAUAAACAUUAAAUCUUAAAGGUAUUAAAGAAUACUAAUUGAAAUUGAAUUUAGAAGAAAUUAAGAAGUAAAAAUUAAUUCUUUGUGAUUCAAAUCCUUCUGUAGCAUUAAAUGGGCAUGAUAAAUCUAUAGAAAAAACAUAACCAGAUUCUUAAUCAAAUAAUAACAAAUUAUCAUGUUUAAAUAAGUAAACAGAAAUUUAAUUAAUUCAUCUAUGUAAAUUAUUAACUGAAAUUGAUUCUAAUUUAACUAAUUAUCUUAAUGAUAAAAGUUGUAGAUGGUGUAGUGCUAAUGUACGUAAUGUAUUUCGUAAAAGUUAUGAUGAAAACAAAGAUUCAAUAGAUUGUUUAAAAAAAGCAGUAGAAUUUUUUAUUGAAAAUACAUAAACUUAAGAAAGAUUAGAUAAAUUAUAAGAAGGUGAUACUUUAGAUGAUAAUCUUUAUAUAGAUUUUGAUGAUGAUUCAGCUUUUCUAAUUACAAGAAAAAAAAAAAUUGUGGAAGAUGAAGAUCUUGAAAAUUAAAAUUAAAAUGAGAAUGAAAAUUUUAGAUAAUUAGAAGCUCUUGAUGCUAAUAAAUUAAAAAUUAGAAGAAUGCCAAUGAAACUAUUUGGAUGCUAUUUUGAAAAUCUAAAAUAAUGUUUAUUAGAUUAAGUAAAAGAUAAAUAUUGUGAUUCAUUAUAACUAAAAACUUGUUUAAUAGUUUUAAAGGAAGUAAUUAAAAUGUACAUUUAAAGAAAAUAAGAAGAAUUGUAAAGAUAAGAAAAGAAAAGAUAUUCACAUUAAUAAUAAUAAUAACCAUCCUUAAUUAUUGAAGAAAAUUAUAGGGAUUAAGUAUAAAAAUUUUAGCAAUCAGAUGGAGAGAAUUAAUGGGAAGAAUAAUGCAAAGUUUGUGGAUAAGGUGGUAAAGUACUUUUAUGUGAUACUUGUCCUAGAGUAUUUCAUCCUAGAUGUUUAAAGCUUAAGGAAAUUCCUAAAGGAAAAUGGAGUUGCAUGAUAUGCUUAAGCUAUUUUUCUAGAUAAGUUAAAACUAGAUAAACUUUUAAAAAGAUGCUAACUAAAUGA